AUGCGCCCAAGCUUUAUUCGCAAAUUCUCCGCAUCGACAAUCUCUCCAUACCGUUCCCUAGACGCCCUCGAAGAUGCCCACGUCAAGACUUUCCAACGGCAAUGCUUCGGGCCAGAGCAGCCUGGAUUACUCCUGCGAUCUCAAUUCCGCGACCUUCCCGCACUGAAGAACUGGUUUCAACGUCUCUCACCGACCGCCGCGACUCGCCUGAACGACGACUACCUGCGAACACAUGCGGCCGACGCGUUCGUCCCACUCGAACUUACCGAGAAAGCCGUUCCACCCCCUAAUCCAAAUGGCACAUUAGAACAGAAUACGACCGAUGUGAGCUUCCGGCAGUUUCACGCGCCACUUACAAUCUUUCUCGACUGGAUGCGCCUAGCGGAGGCGUCUCCGCAGUCUGCGCGGCUGUAUCUCGCGCAGUGCCAGCUGAUGGAUCUGCCACCAGCCCUACGAGACGACUUUCCCACGCCGCAGAUUGUUGCACAAGCUGGAAAGGGAGAUGUAUACGAUACGAACGUGUGGAUUGGACAUCCGCCUACAUAUACCCCGCUCCACCGGGACCCCAACCCCAAUCUGUUUGUGCAGCUUGCUGGGCAGAAAGUGGUGCGACUUCUUGCUCCGGCAGAGGGACAAGCGCUGUUUUCUGCGGUUCGCAGGGAACUAGGUCAAAGUGGUGGCAAGGAAGCAGCGGCGUUUCGAGGCGAGGAGAUGAUGCAGGGUCGGGAGCGAGCUUUGUUGGAUGAGAUGGUAUGGGGUGUCUCGGCUUCUGUAGGUUCAGAAAGCGAGCAUAGAUACGAAGUACAUCUGGAGGUUGGCGAUGGUCUCUUUAUUCCCAAGGGCUGGUGGCAUAGUAUCAAGGGUGUCGGAGACGGUGUCACUGCCUCGGUGAACUGGUGGUUCCGAUAA